CUCAGCAGGUCUAACCUCAGUCGCGUGUCCCUUCUCCCUGCCUUACCAACCACCUCCCCACCCCCCCCCCCCCCCCCCGCCAUCCCUCUCCUCUGCCCUGUAUUCAUCUGAGAUUAGUGCAGCUCAGAAGAACGGUCUGCAGACGAGUGGUUGAAGUGCAACCUCUCUCUCUCUCUCUCACCCCUCUUCUCUGUUUCUUACUGUCUCCCUCUCUCUCCCUCUAACAACCUCACGCCCUCUCCCCUUUUCUUUUACUCAGUCUCUCACUCUUUCUUUGACUCUAUCCCCCACUCUCUCACUCUUUUUCUAACAACCUCACUCUCCCUCUCCCCUUCUCUCACUUUCUUCAUCAGUCUCUCACUCUCUCUCUAAACCUCUCCCUUCUCUCACACUCCUCUCUAUUUUGCUCUUGUGCCUCUCUCAAAUACAAUCCCUCUCUCUCUUUCUAACUAUAUGUCUCUCUCUCCCCCUUCUCCCGUUCUGCAUCAUUCACAGUCUCUUUCCUCCGCUCUCUACCCCUCUCUCCCAAACAAUCUCCCCUUAUCUGUCUCUCCCUCCCACACCCACUCGCUCCCUCACUUCAUGCUUCAAGAGUUCUCAUCCAGCUCCCCUCUAUCCACUUUGAACCAGCUCUGACAUGGAUAUCUAUCUUCAGGCCUGUGGUUAUCUGGAGUCUGAAGGCAUCACUGUCGAUGCUGAGGAUCCAGAGGAUGACCAGGUGUUCACCCAGGAGCCCAAGCUCGAUCCCAUCACUCAGUCCUAUUCAGGAUACACCAACAGAUCAUCGGACGGCAGCAGUAACUUCUCUCCCAUCAGUCCGGCCACACCGCUGGAGGAUGAUCCCGAGAAACAGCUCCAGAGGAGGAAAAUGGUGCUGUGCAAGGUGCUGGAGAACGAGAGGGUCUACAUCAAUGAGCUUAGCAGUCUACUCGUGCCCAUGCGUCCUCUGAAGGCAGCAGCCUACACCUCACAGCCCGUCCUCACCAGCCAGGAGAUACAGACCAUCUUCUUCAAGGUGCCCGAGCUGUAUGAGCUCCACGUGGACUUCUGCGGCAAGCUGCAGGACAGGCUGGAGAGUGGAGACUCUCCCCAGCCUGUGGGCGACAUCUUUCAGCUGCUGGUCAGCCAGUUUGGGAUCUAUCGUGCCUUCGUCAACAACUACCGGAUGGCGGCGGAGACGACUGAGAAGUGUGUUCAGAGCAAAGACCAGUUCAGGAGGAUCGCACAGGAGAUGAGGCUUAAACCCUCCAAGGAAUCGAAGGAGACUCCAGUGACCACAACUCUGGAGGCCCUGCUGCUGAAGCCGGUACACCACAUCACCAGGGUGACCCUGCUGAUAGGGGAGCUGCUGAGAAGCACGCCUAGUGACCACCCUGACCACCCGGCACUGGAGACAGCGCUCAAUGACUCCAACAGCUUCCUCUCCGCAACCAACCAGACAAUCUACCCUAAGACUGGACUCCGGGAAUCUAGUACUGACAAGGACCAGCCCCUGCUGAAGGACGCAUUUGUGGUCGAGGUGUCCGAGGGCUCGCGGAAACUACGGCACAUCUUCCUCUCCACGGACUUCCUCUUCUGUGCCAAGAUGAAGCGUCUGCCUGGGAGGCAGAUGAACUUCAAGUACGAUUGGUACCUCCCCUUGGAAGACGUCACCCUCCAGAGCGCCAGCGAGAUCCAGCUGAUGGCUCCGGGCACGCUGCAGGCUGUGCCCCAGAAGGACAUCGAGGAGGUCAAGGCGCGGCUGAUCUCCACCAAGAUCGAGAUCCACCUGGAGAAGAAACACAACAAGGGCAUCGAGCGCCUCCGGAAGAAAAUGUCCGACCUUGAGACGUGGCUCCUGAUAAAUUCUCCAUCACUUCCCCUGGGAUUACAGAGCAGGAGCGGCAAGAGUUACAUCUUCCUCUUGUCCUCUGAUUACGAGCUCCACGACUGGAGGGACACCAUUGAACAACAGAAGAAGAAGGGUUUACAGCUGGUCUCACAGACUCCCUAUGAGAUUCAGAGCCUCUUCCAGCUUUGCUAUGAGCAGCGCACUGCCCGCCAGCUGCCCCUCUACAGCAACGGUGAAGAUUCGGAUGGCACCACACUGAGGGGGAGACUGAGCGUCAGGAUUCACUCCGUGUCCGGACUGAAGGAGCCACUCAAUGUUUACUGCUGUCUGGAGUCUGAUUGCCAUGGCUACUUUGAGAAGAAGGUACAGACACCAGUCUUAACCCAGUGCCUAAGCCCAAAGUGGGAAGAGGAGAUCGACGUGGAGCUGGACGGGGCUCAGUUCCUGAGGAUUCUCCUGUGGGAACAGCAUGAUUACAGGAGCAGCACAGAGAAAGGGCAGGAAUCCGGCAGCGACCGCCUCCUUGCCAAGGCUCAGAUCUGGCUCGAUCCCAGGAGCCUGCAAUCCAACCAGUGGAAGGAAAGUUUGGUUGGGAUGAAACGGCACGAGAUGAACUGUUCCAUGAAGUACCAACAUCAGAGCCUGAGUGAGCUGGACCAGCUGACGGGGGCUCCGCAGGGGACUUUUGGAAUUCCCAUCAGCAUCGUCACAUACCGGGAGCACAGCAAGAUUCCACGGAUCGUGCAGCGCUGUGCAGAAGAAGUGGAGAGGCGUGUGAAGGAACUUGGGAUCUACCGGGUGUCAGGCAUCGCGACCGAGAUCCAGGACCUGAAAGUGGCAUUUGAUGGUGACAGCAAGGAGACAGCAGCCCUGCUGAAGGAUUCGGACAUUCAUGUGGUGGCGGGAACCUUGAAGCUGUACCUGCGGAGCCUUCCGGAACCUCUGCUCACCGCCGAGCUGGUGCCCUCGUUCUUCAAGGCAGCAGGUGUUGAAGACAAAAAAGCCAAGGAUACCCAGAUGACAUCAGUACUGCACCAGUUACCACAGCCAAACCUCAAUACAUUUCUGUACCUCCUGUACCACCUGAAGAGGGUCGCCGACUAUCAAGAUGUUAAUAGGAUGACCUUGCAUAACCUGGCCACUGUCUUUGGCCCCUCACUUCUUCGCUCUGAGCAAGAGGGAGCCCCUGUGGACAUCUCACAUGAGGUCGUAGUCCAGGUACAGGUGAUCUUUCACUUCCUGUCCAAGGAUGACCUCCCUGCACUGGAUCAGCGAGAUGGCCUUGAGACAUGAGGUGGAAGAACUGCCCACUAUCAGACUGUCAACACACCAGGCUGAUCUCAAGCCCCUGUUUCUUCUUGACUGUCCUCAAACUUCGGCUGUACUCCCUCUCACUCGGUGGACCUUGUGGAGUGACCCUGAGGGCACUGCAAAUUUCGCAUAAGCCCUCCCUCCCUUCCCUCCAACACCUCCCCAUCAGCAAUUGAACCAACAGCUUGAUGGUUACUAAUGAUUAGGAAGAGAGGGAGAGGGGAAUUUGGAACAUCCUGGGUCCUGGGAUGUGGUUUCGCAGUCAAUGACAGGCUCAGGCCCAAAGCAGCUUGUCCCAUGUCAUCUGUUUGUUAAACUAGAUGGGCUUUCACGUUCUGUGUGUGUCCUGACACACACGUCCAGUGUAGGAACAGCAGCGGUUCAAAUAGAUUGAAACUCCCUCUACACCAUCCCAUCACACACUCCCGGGGUCAGACACAGAGUGAAGCUCCCUCUACACCGUCCCAUCACACACUCCCGGGGUCAGACACAGAGUGAAGCUCCCUCUACACUGUCCCAUCACACACUCCCAGGGUCAGACACAGAGUGAAGCUCCCUCUACACCGUCCCAUCACACACUCCCAGGGUCAGACACAGAGUGAAGCUCCCUCUACACCGUCCCAUCACACACUCCCAGGGUCAGACACAGAGUGAAGCUCCCUCUACACUGUCCCAUCACACACUCCCGGGGUCAGACACAGAGUGAAGCUCCCUCUACACUGUCCCAUCACACACUCCCGGGGUCAGACACAGAAUGAAGCUCCCUCUACACCGUCCCAUCACACACUCCCGGGGUCAGACACAGAAUGAAGCUCCCUCUAUGUUGUCCCAUCACACACUGCUGGGGUCAGACACAGUACAGAUCCCUCUACACUGUCCCAUCAUAAACUCCCCAGGUCAGGCACAGAGUUCAGUAUCCUCUGCACGAUGUAAAGAAAGCAAAAUUACUGAGGAAACGUUCAUGGGUUCAUUGCCCAUUCAGAAAUCUAUUGGUUGAACGGAGGAAGCUGUUCCUAAAAUGUUGAGUGUGUGUCUUCAGGCUCCCGUUCUUUGUCCCUAAUAAAAGAAAGCAUGUCCUGGGUGAUGGGUGUCCUUUGUAAUUGAUGCUAAUGUUUUUGAGGCAUCGCCUGAUGCUGGUAUGGCUAGUGGCGAGUACUCAUGAUGUAAACUUAGCCGGCUCCAACCUUCCACAGCUCUUUUCCGAGCCUGUGCAAACCACAGCAGACAGUGAUGCAGCCAGUUAGAAUGCCCUGCUAUAGAAACCUGUUUGUCUUUGGUGAGAUAGCAAACCUUUCCAAACCGCUGGUAAAAUAUAGCCGCUGACGUGCCUUCUCAAACGCAUGACUGUGUUGGUGCCCAGGAAGUGGAAACUCUUCACCCUGUUCCCUACUGACCUCUCGAUGAGGUGUUCCCUCGACCUCCCCUUCCUGAAGUCAGCAAUCAGUUCCUUGAUGGUACUGACAUUGAGUGCAAGAUUGCCGUAACACCAUUCAACCAGCCAAUCUCUCUCUCUCGUGCACCUCCAUGUCACCAUUGGAGACUCCGCCAACGAUGGCCGUGUCGUGAGUAAAUUUGCAGAUGGUGUUUGAGUUGUGCCUGGCCACACAGUCAUGUAAUCUUGGGCUGCAAAGUAAAAGCGUUGUAUCAAGUGGAUGUAGUCAGGGUCAGCCAUGGACAUUGCAACCCAGCUGCCUCGAUACACAAGCCUGGGCAGAGCAAGUCAUUGCCCAUGCAGCCAUUUCCCUCUGUCCACGCUCCUGAGGAACGGCAGAGUCUGAUGCAGUUUGGUACCAGCAGCCUCGCAGGAGUUACCAGUCAACGCUGAACUCGACGUAGGACCAUGUUAGGGACCCCAGUUCCGGACUUUUCUCUCAGGAUUUACUCCCAAAGCCUUCCCCGUGAGUGGGUAUAGCCCCAAGGCAGCGGAGGUUUGAGAUCAGAGUUUUCCUUCUCCUAGAUGAGCUGCCAACCUCGACUGACAACCCCAUCCGCCUGAAGCAACUGGUUUUAAGGCACCCUACCUGUCGGUAGAAAUGGUUCUGCCAGGCUCAGUAGCUGAAGGCCAGGAGCUGGACUUCUUGUCAGAGGCUGUUUGAGGUGCACACCAUUGGGAGCCUAUCCCAAAUACCACCCCAGCUGUAACAACCGCAGGGGGUGUGUAGAGCAAGGCAAAAUGUGGAUAACUUUAGUGAACCAAUCUUUCUGAGAAAUCAGUUGACAUGCAGAAUCUCAGGAAUGGAACCCAAGAUGGCCUGGGUCAGCUUUCCUCGAAAAACACUGUCUUUCCUAUUCUAAAGUUUUCAACACAGAUCCCUUCUCGUCUCAUGUGGAUUAAACAGUUCUGCUUUACACAGUUCUCCCCGUACCAUCAUCAGCCAACUGCACUACUAUCAUCACCAACAUCCCGUCUGCACUAUAACUAGUUUGCCACGGUUAAGUCAGGUUUACUGGUAUGUGCAGAAGUAUGGUACGGUUAUGAAUUUGCUCGCUGCAGCAUCACAGGAACAGGCAGGACUUGCGUGUAUAUAUAGCUAAACAUGCAUGUUAUGUAUUGCACUGUACUGCUGCCGCAAAGAAAAUAAUGACAG